UCGACAUAUCGAUCAGAGCACUGGCGCCGUUUCGGCAGCAACAAAGAUGUGAGUGCUCUUGUUAUGUUGACACCACGGUGGAUCCCUUCAUCCUUCGCGUUCGACAAGUCGUGAGGCAGUUCGGCCCCAUACAUCGCUUUCCCGCUAAGAUGAGACGCUAAUCGCGUUCCCGGAGACAUGGCGCAGUCUAUCCUCGAUGCUCUCACAGGUGUCUCAUUAGACAGCUCUUCUGUACAAUCCUUGUUGGAAUCUCAGACCUUAAUAGCCGAAGUCGAGCAGUCAGCAAUUGAUCAAGAUGAAGAGGAUAUAUUUCAAUGUGGCAAGUGCAAGAGCCAGUUCACAUCAUUGCAGAUGUUUAUACUCCACAAGAGGACGCAUCAGAAGACGCAGCAACAGACUGUUGAUCUGACUCAGUUCUUGACAAAUGACGAAGGCCAAGUGAUGCAUACAGAAGACGCUGUCCAAGAUGAGUCUCAGUACAAUUCACAAGAGACCUUUCAACUUGGUGAACCAAUUAUUCUCGAAGAGACAGACAUGCUAUUUAGUGUGGACCAGGAUUCCGCCAAUUAUUUCACGGCGGACUCCACAUUCGGUGUGCCCAUCAUUUUGAGCACUGAGCACCUGGACUCUUUCGAUAGCGCCUCUAUCGAAGGGACAAGGGAGGAUUCGAGCGAGGUACCUGCGUUACAGCUGCAAAGCGACAUCUCGCAAGAGGAUGCUUCGAGCCAGCCCGAACAUCCUAACACCUCAUUGACAGAUAAUGAGCCGUCCUUGACGGACAACGAGCCGCCGCCCUUGGAGGACAACGAGCCCACCUUCGAGGACAACGACACAUCCUUCCAGGAUAAUUCGCCCAAUGAAUUGGAAAACGACCAACUCGGCCAAACGCAAAAUUUAAAGUACAAGUGCGGCUAUUGCAAUAAGCAGUUCGCGAAAAAGUUCUACUGGCAGCAGCAUGAACGUUCUCACACCGGCGAGAAGCCCUAUCAAUGUGUGGUGUGCGGUCGGGCGUUCGCACAAAAGUCCAACGUGAAGAAACAUAUGUCCUCGCACAAAGUCUGGCCCGGCACCGCGAUACACUCGUUACCACCCGAGGCGCCCCCGGAUGGAAGCAUCGACCGCACAUACCACUGCCAGUUCUGCAGGGAGACGUUCGACUCGUACAAGGCUCUUAAGGGCCACCUGAUCGUCUCGCACCUGGCGCUCAAAGUGUACAAGUGUGUGCAGAGCAGUUGCAGUAUGAUGUUCUCGGAGCUGGAGGACUUCUUGGAGCACACGCGCAGUCACAAGUGCUCCGAGUACCGGUGCCACGUGUGCGGCGAGGUGUUCAGCACCCUCUCGGAUCUCGGCCGCCACCAGUACGUCCACUCCGUCCAGAAACAGAAGACCACGGAGAAGUACUACUGCUGCACGGUCUGCAAAUCCUCGUUCUCGAACCUGGAGGCGCUGCAGCACCAUCAAGAGACCACCACGCACGAUUACGUGUGUCUGCACUGCGGCAAAAGUUUCCUCAUCGAGAGGUUUCUGCGCCGUCACCUCAAGACUCACUCGACGUCGGCGAGAUUCGCCUGCGAGGACUGCGGAAAGGCCUUCAAGACGGAGCAGUACUUGGCCAAUCAUAAGCUAAUACAUAGCGAGGAAACACCUUUCACCUGUCCGCAUUGCCCGGCCCGAUUCAAGCGGAAAGACCGGCUGGGUCGUCACAUGCUGAUCCACGACCUAACGAAGAGACUCAAGUGCCCGUUUCGCGGUUUCUUGGGCUGCAUGAGCGAGUUCUCGCGACCGGACAAGCUCAAGCGGCACUUGUUGACGCACAAUAACGUCAAGCGGUUUAGCUGCAGCCACUGCAACCGCAACUUCCAUCGGGCGCAGGCCCUCAAGCAUCAUGAAAUGAACAAGCAUAGCUUGAAGUGUGACAUUUGCUCCCACGCGUUCAAGACUAAAGAGCAGUUGCUCACCCACAAUUGCGAACAAUCGGGAGAGACCAAAAAGCACACAAGCUCACAGCUGCCGAAGAAAGCGUCCGGAUCGUUCAAGCCGAGGAAACCCACCCCAAAGAGACAAACCUUAUCAAAGACUACCAUCGCGCUUGCCGAUAAAGAGAAAUUGGAGAAAUUUAAGGCUGACGAAAUACAAAGAAAAAUCGUCUCCGAAACAUUCAGGUCCGACGACUUCAACGAAGAGCUCUGCGGAAAAAAGCCGGGAAACGUUGUUUCCGCGUCGAAGGAGGCCGAGUCGACGAUCGGCGAGUCCAACGAGCGAUCCGACUCGCCGGUGAUAGACUUCGAGGAUGACUUCAAGCGCAACAUGGAGUUCUACUCGUCGCAUCCGAGCGAGUAGGGUUUUGCAAUACAUAUAUACAUAUAUAUACACACACCACGCGUAUAUAUAUAUUUUUUAUUCAUAUUUAAAUUAUAUACAUCAACUAAGACGUAAACACCAGUCGUCUCGUAGCACGUGCAAUGAGAGAGAGGGAAAGAGAGGAAGAGAGAGAAAGAGAUCAUGAGCGAAAUUUCGCAGGUUGCAUUUUAUAUCCGCGUACGAUAUUUUGUAGUUUACAUAUCUGUGAUAAUUGUAUUAUAAACGAUUUAUUGAUAUAAGUAACUUAUAUACACAUGUACACAAAGACACACACACACAUACGCACACACCGAGGAUAUGCGAUCUCGUCGGCGUGCGAUUUCGACGAACGGCGCGAUGCGUCCUGUCGGUAUUUGUCGGCACAGUCGAAAGUAUCCCCACGGGGCCCGCUUCCGUUCGUCGAAACUUUUCUAACGGUAGAUUGUAGUGCAUCGCACGCGACAUACUGAGAGAGAGAGAGAGAGAGAGAGCUGUAAACGAAACGUUUGAUAUAGCGCGACGUCUCUUUAAUUUAUUUGUUGUAAGAUAAUAAAUCUACUAGAAACCGCAGAUUCGAAAGGU